AUGGCAAUGAAGUGGUACAUAGUCUCCCUUGCUGCGUUGGCCUCGGCCCUGCAGACGCUGCCUCCCGUGCAGUUCGACCCCCUCGACGCACCCACGUAUGGAGGCUUUUCUCUGGCGACAGCAGACAAAGUCAUCUAUCUCCAGAAGGGACUGGACUCAUGGACCGACCAAGAGGGAAUGACGCUUAUCCCACCUUCGGCGUUGGAGUUCGCUCACACAUUCCGCGAUGAUCUGCAGGAGCUCACCAAUUCCUCCUGGGACCUCAAGAUCGCACCAGGAUUCCCUGACCGGGCCACGGGGGUAUUUUUGGGCCGUUCUAGUGCACCCAAGAGUGACUUCGCAUACGAGGAUGGAACCACGUCGGAAGAAGGCUAUGAAAUGCGGGUUGAACAAGAUCGUGUUUUCAUCCGAGGUUCCGGCGCAAGAGGGAUGUGGUGGGGAACGCGGACCCUGCUCCAGCAGCUCGUCAUGAGUCCGUGCUCCUCAAUUCCUGCUGGGAAUGUGAACGAUGCCCCGUCAUAUCCUGUUAGAGGUUUUAUGCUGGACGCAGGCCGAAAAUGGUAUUCUUUGCCCUACCUCAAAGACCUGUGCACAUAUGCCUCCUUCUUCAAAUUGUCCGAAUUCCACUACCACGCGAGCGACAACUAUCCCUUAAGCCGAGGACCCGAUGUUCCAUGGGACGAGGUAUACUCACAGUUUGCGUUGAUGCCUGAGAACCCCGACUUGUUGCCUUUGGUCCAAAGAGCCAACGAAACCCUGUCGCGCGCCGAUUUUGAUGAGUUCCAAACACACUGCGCUCAACGAGGUGUGACUGUCAUGCCUGAAAUCGAAAGCCCAGGACAUUGCUUGUCGGUGACGAAGUGGAAGCCCGAGUUGGCAUUGGAUCAGCAGGAUCUGCUCAACCUAUCGCAUCCCGAAACAAUCCCUCUGGUCAAGUCUGUCUGGUCCGAGUUUUUGCCCUGGUUUCACACCAAGGAAGUUCACAUUGGAGCCGAUGAAUAUGACUCGACGCUGGCCGACGAUUAUCUUAGUUUUGUCAAUGAAAUGGCCACUUUCGUGCUGCAGACAUCGGGAAAGAAAAUCCGUAUCUGGGGUACUUACGAACCCUCCGAGACACAAUCGGUCAACAAAAAUAUUACGAUUCAGCACUGGCAGUACGGUCAGUCUGACCCUGUUGAGCUUGUGAGAAAAGGGUAUCAGAUCAUCAACUCAGAAGACUGGUGGGCCUAUAUGUCGUUGAAAAAUGAUCAUGUCCCGAUCAUCCCUGCGCCCUAUCCGCAGUUAUUCAACAACAAUAGAAUUCUGAAUUUCGCCGACAUGGAUCAAUGGCAAUGGACCCCGCAGCUAUUUAAUCCGGUCAACUGGACAGAGCAACCUAGCAAAAAGGCUGUUCGGGGUGCCAUCCUGGCUGCAUGGAAUGAUAAUGGACCCGACGCAACGACACAGCUAGAGUCAUACUACGCUAUUCGAAAUGGAAUUCCCGUGGUUGCUUCUCGAGCAUGGACAGGUAACCGUGGGCCACGACUGAGCGAGCGUUCACUCGAUGUGUCUAUCAGGAAACUGUCGGGCAUUGCAGUGGCUCAGAAUUUGGAGCGGAAGCUGCCCCAAGAAAACACCCACCGGAAAGGUCCAAUCCUCACUUGGUCUCGGCAUAAGACACCUGGGAAAAACUCCGAUAUACUGCAUGAGCUAGGCUACGGUAGCAAAGGAAUGAACUACACUCUCGUUCUGGAUGUGGCGGGACCGUUUUCACUCCAUUCAGGCGAUGAUAAUUUGGAAAUGUCCGAGGAAGGUCAACUGAUCUUCACAUCGGAUGGAUGGCAUUACCCCCUUCGCUCGGUUGCGGAGGCCGACGGUUUCGAUCCUGCUCAGCCCGGGCGAAUUUGGGCGAAUGCAACAACUUCAACUCAUGAUAUUGUCAAUAUUCCACAACCUGCAAAAAUUACGAUCCGUACCGAUGAGAUCUCGGGCAGCAGAGUCUGGUUGAAUGAUCGUUUUGUCGGCCGAUUUGAAGUAUUUGUAUAUGGUGGAAAGAACAAGAUCUUCUCAUGGAGCCAGAUGGCGUUUGUCGCCCCUCUGGAGAGAAUCGAUGGAGAAGGAUUGCAGAGAUUGACUCUCUAUUGA